AUGUACGAGCACGGCUUCGCCUACUGCCCCAGCAAGGGCGUCAAGUACAGCAGCGGCGGCAAGACCCCCUACGCGCAGAGGAGGCUCAAGCCCGGGGACGUGAUCGCAUGCUCGCUGGACUGCGAGAGGCGAGAGAUCCGCUACUUGGUCAACGGGGAGGACCUGGGGGUAGCGUUCGGGGAGGAGGAGGUGACGGAGGAGGCGGUGGGGGAGGGGCUGAGGUUUACGGUGACGCUGGGGCCGGGGCAGGGGGUCAAGCUUGUAAAGGCGGAGGAGGAGGAGGAGGAGAGUGAGGGUCGAGAACGAGCAUGGGAGAUGUUAAGCUUUUACUAUGAGGGAGAAUGGUGUUAUCUGAGAGCCCUUGACCUUGAACUGCUAUCGUUCGCUCAUGUCAUAGUCAGGCUUCUUGUAAACAACUCUCAAUCUCAAGGCCUUGAGGUAUUGAGACUGAUGGGUGAAAACUCUUCUUUCUUGCUGUACGGCUCCAACUCAAAGGAGUUUCAGAUGACAGGAUCGCUCAUUGAUACGCUCUUAGAUGAAAAAGUUUUGAGUUCGACAUGUCUUAGUCAUACCAAAGAAGUGACGGUUGUCGAGGAGUUGAUCCAAAACCUUGAGGAGGUUGUCGGACAAGGGCUGAAGCCAUGGAUACAACUGAUCGCUCACAAACUUGUGAGACGCCGCAUGUACGAGCACGGCUUCGCCUACUGCCCCAGCAAGGGCGUCAAGUACAGCAGCGGCGGCAAGACCCCCUACGCGCAGAGGAGGCUCAAGCCCGGGGACGUGAUCGCAUGCUCGCUGGACUGCGAGAGGCGAGAGAUCCGCUACUUGGUCAACGGGGAGGACCUGGGGGUAGCGUUCGGGGAGGAGGAGGUGACGGAGGAGGCGGUGGGGGAGGGGCUGAGGUUUACGCAACGUUCACAACAAUCUUCAGAUGACUUGUCAAGAAACCUUAAAUGUUGCGUCUCUGAUUUCAUGCUCGACGAUCAGGUUGGACUCAGUUUCAAACAAAACUUUCAGAAGUUUUUCUUUGAACUUGAGUUUGAGGCAGCAGAAGCAACGAUGAUGAUAGAAUCAAGGAGCAGCAUCUUCAAGGCUUCUGAAGUUUGUCUUCCUCUCAUUCCUUCAUUGUACAUUCACAUGUGGUAUGCAAACAAGAUAUCCCAACUCUCUCUCGUUCGCAUUCAGCUCAGCGAUAUUCCAGCAGAGAUAUCUAUACUCAGACUGCAAAGCCUCGACGUGUCUGAGAAUCGUCUUAAUCACCUUUCUCCGUCAUUGUGUUUGGUGGUCACUCUCGAGAUUUUGAGGUGUAACAACAACUUCUUGUCGAUUCUCCCGGACGACAUCGGGCUGCUUGUCAAUCUUAUCAAGCUAGAAGCAGCUCAGAACGCCCUGUCCUCCCUUCCUGACUCGCUCUUCUCUCUUGCUCGCCUUGAGGACCUCGACAUCAGUGGCCCACCCUUGCCGAGAGAAAGGCUGUGCAGAAACUCAACAGCUGAGCUCGAGCUGGACAGCUUCCUCGGGUUCUUCCGUGAGGUUUCUUGCUGGGAGGAGAUCGUUGGACGGUCGGAGCAGGAGGAGAUGUUCUACCGACAUGCGCAGGAGGGAGUGGUAGCGAGGGAGAGGCUCGUUGACUUAGAGGAAGAGAUGCUGCACAAGUAUUGGAGGUACAAGGGACGGAGACACGAGUCGUUCUCCUUCGAUCCAGCCAUCCUGACCAUGCGGUCGUUGAGGCGCCUGAGCAUGAGGAAUGUUGGCAUUCAAGGUAGGCUCCUGAUACCUCGCCACGUCACCACGGGGAGCCUGGAGGAGGUGGACCUUUCGUACAAUCAGAUCAGCGAUGUGAGUUUGACCUCUCAGUCUCUGCGGGGCCUCAAGCGCUUCUGCUUGGAGGGCAACCGGCUGCUCAUCCCCGAGGAGGUGAAGAAGCGCGGAGAAGCUUCAGUCUUGAACUUCUUGAGGGGAAGGGCGGAAGCGAGUCAAGAGUCCUUCAAGCUGAUGCUGUUCCUGCACGGGCUGGGAGGCGUCGGAAAGACUUGCCUGCUCGCGGCGCUCAAAGGCAAAGAGUUUGACCCCGACGGCGAAAUGACGGACGGCAUUGAGAUCUCUUCUUGGAAGGUUAGGGUGGAGGAGGAGGAGGUCCAGUACCUCAAGCAAGCCUUGACCGAGAGCCAGCAGAAUCAGGUCAGCCAGAGGCUCAGUCGCAAGCGCAUCGAGGACUUGAUGGGGGUCGAGAUCGAGUUUGUGGUGCAUGACUUUGCGGGACAGGAGGUCUACUACAACUCUCAUCAACUCUUCCUUCACAACCGAGCUCUCGAGCUCGUCCUCUGGGACGUCCGGCGAGGGUUUGACAACAGCGGAGUUUGCUUCUGGCUGAACAACAUCAAGACCUGCGCUCCAAGAGCUGCGAUCAUCAUCGUGGGGACUAAGACAGAUGAGAUGGAUACGCCGCCUCUGGACCUGCACGCGCUCUCUCAAAAGUUCCCUCAGGUCAAGGCAUUUCACGCUGUGAGCUCGAAGACGAUGCGAGGGGUGGAGGACCUGAGGCGCCUGCUAGUCAAGCAGGCCCUGCUGGAGGAGCACGUGGGGCAGAGCAUACCUCACAAGUGGUCGAUCCUGGAAGACAUCAUCGUGCAAGAGGCAAGGUCGAGCAAGACUGGCUACGUUCGCUUCCCGACCCUCAGAGAGUGGGCCAGGUUGAGCGCCUUCAGCUCCGACGACGCCAUCGAGGACGCUGCCGAUUUCCUGCAUGACAUCGGGACGAUCGUGAGGUUCUCAGACGAGGACGCGAGGCUGACGGGGCUGGACGACGUUGUCAUCACAGACAAGCAGUGGCUGGCUGACGUCAUGAGCAGCAUCAUCACCUCCAAGUCUAGAGUUCACGUCCUGUCGCACGCAGACCUGUCCAGCAUGUGGCAGGCGUUUCCCCCUGACGUUCAUAGCAACCUCAUCGACCUGCUCAAGAAGUUCGACCUGCUGGUGGAGACUGACAGUCGGAGCUUCCUCGUUCCCUGCCUCCUCCCCCUUGGCGCCCCUAGAGGAGAAGACCUUGAAGCUUUCACCCUCAUCCCGGGAGAGCGGCUCUCCCUGUCCUACCGCACCUUCGCGCUCUCCUUCUGCCCCUACGGCUUCUUCAACCUCCUCCAGGCUCGUCUGCGUGACUUGGACGCCAGCAGGUUCCCCUGGUGCCGCGUCGGGAUGUGGCGGAACGGCAUGCCCAUCGCGUCGUCCUACCAUUCUCGAGGAGUUGUCAUACUGCACCAAGAGGAAAACAAGGUUGAAUGUACUUUCUCGGGAGAAGGAAAGGACAACUUGAUCAGCGUGGUAUCAGAGAGUAUCUUCAUCCUGCUCACCGAUAAGUAUCAGGUCACCUACGACGUCUUCUUGCCAUGCCAAGGCUGCUUGGACGUCUGCCCUCGCGCUCCUCACAUGUUUUCAAGCAACGUCACUCUCAAACGAGCCAUGCAGAAGCAUCAGAUCUUCUUGCAGUGCCACAAGGAGUUUCACAACAUCCCGGUCGCUCACUACCUGGCAGCCAUGCCCCAUUCGUCGCGAGUUUCUCAAGAGCAGCUGAGCUCAGUGCUGGAGGGCAUCGGCUUGUGGAAGGCAACACACAGGGCGCACGUGUACUUGAGCUAUGCUCGAGGGGACGAGGAAGCGUUGCGAGCAGGUCUGCGGGUCAAGGCUCUCCUCCUAGAGCAGCUCAUCGACGUCUGGUUCCCAACCCAUGACUCGCCGGAUGCCGUGAGAGCCAACGAGCUGGCCUUGUCCUCUGCUACCAUCGUCAUCGCCCUCAUCACCAAGCGGUACUGCCUCCCGCACGGGCUCGGGCUCAAGGAAAUUCAGUACGCGGUGGAAGUCAAACCCAAGCCCGUCAUCCCGGUGGUGGUGGAGGACGAGAGCCCGUCGUUUCCUCUCGCCUGGAUGACUAGCUCUGUCGGGCUCCACCUGUGCGGCCUGCUGUACGUCGACCUGAGGGCGCGGGACGAGGAGCAAUUUUCACUCGUUGCUCGAAGAACACAAGCGCUGCUGGCUGCUUCUGGAGUCAGAGGUGGCAGGAGCAGCGAGCACUUCGACUUCAUGAUCAGCUACAGCUGGUCCAACUGCGACAACGGGGAGGAGGCAGGGGAGGAGGGCGAUACGAGGAGGGAGUUCUGGAGCCCCCGGCGGAUCAAACGAGCGCUAGAGGAGAGCGCAGGGUCAGGCAAGCAGCUGCGAGGCUGGAUCGAUGUGGAGCAGCUGGGCAACCGACCAAGAGAGGGGCUGUAUGAGGGGAUACGACGAGGGCUGACUGAGUCUCAAGUGCUGGUAGUAUGCAUGAGUAACGAGUAUGCCAUGAGCAGGAACUGCAGCAUGGAGUGCAGAUAUGCUCUGCUGCUCAACAAACCUGUCCUGCUAGCCCUUGUAGGAAGUGAUGACAACUCUCCCUUGCCUCCUGCCUGGAAGUCAACUGAGACUGGACUGUUGACAAGCCACCUUUGGUCUGAGAUUAGCAAACAGGAAGAGCUGUUCUUUGACUUCAGGAGGGUGCGGAGCAAGUCACAGUUUGAUGCGAUCAUAUCGAGUUUGAAGAGAAAGAUUGAAGAGAUGCAACGGAACGACCAGGAAGCAAGUGAAACGCGAGCAGGUCAAGAGACGUCACCCACGACUAUCGAUCUGUCAGAUUCAGUGGAGGAGCAGAUGAAGUUUGGGAGGAGGAUGGCUAUUCAGUUCUUUCGCAGUCACUCUUCCUUCGGGUCUACCUUUCCCGUCCUCUGGGUCAUCCAGUGGCAGCCGAAGGCUCAAGACACCCUCACAGCCUUCGACGCGUGGGAGGACAACGACUACUUCUUGCGCCCUGUCUCUGAGACCCCCGACGCAUGGGUGCUCGUGCCUCGUGCUCGGUUCAGGAUUGACGACGCGCGUCAUCGCAUCAAGAGCUUGUCUUCCCUGCUCUUCCUCGUGGUCCGAUGCCUUGCUGUCCUCCAACAAGGCGUCCUGUGCUCUCUCAGCAAGGUUGAAGACUCCAAGGGCGAGACUUCGGCGAUGAAGAAGUUCCUGCGGUACGAGGAGUUGGAGGUUUUCCUUGAGGGCAGCAGCAAGGGAAUGGUCGGGAGGGCAGAAGCGAUUAGAGAGUCUCUUCAGCUGAUCCACAACCUCGUCAAGAGCGACGACUCGUGGAGCUCGAGCUCGUCUGAGCUCAAACUCGAGGUCUUGCCGAGCAAAGAAGUCUUCUGGAGCUUUUGGAGCAAAGACCUUGUCCGAGAUACAAUCGAUGCAGACUGGUUGGUCGAGUGGACGAGGCGAUCUAACCAACUGGAGGAGGGAGGGAGGAGGAGCAGGCCGAGGGGCGUCACUUUGGAUGAGCAAGUCAUGAUGGCAGAGACCUCAGUCGUACCAUCAGAUGUCACUGAUGAUCAGUCGAACAUCAAGAGAUUGAAGCAGAUUCUUUCACGACAAGAGCUCUUGCUCAGUAAGUUCCCUCAGACUAGCAUCAAGUGA